AUGCCUCCUAAAAAGGCAGUCAAGGAGGAGAAAGUCCCUUUAGGUCGCCCAGGAAACAAUUUAAAAAGUGGUAUCGUUGGCCUAGCCAACGUCGGCAAGUCGACGCUCUUUCAGGCUAUCACAAAAUGCUCUCUGGGUAACCCCGCCAACUUUCCAUAUGCCACGAUUGAUCCUGAAGAGGCUCGUGUUAUUGUACCCGACGCACGCUACGACUGGCUUUGCGAUCAUUAUAAACCAAAGUCAAAAGUUCCCGCCAACUUGACGGUAUAUGACAUUGCUGGCUUAACACGUGGUGCUUCCACCGGUGCUGGUCUUGGCAAUGCCUUCUUGUCGCACAUUAGAGCAGUCGAUGCCAUUUUCCAAGUCGUGCGUUGCUUUGAUGAUGCUGAAAUCAUUCACGUUGAGGGAGAUGUUAAUCCCGUGCGAGAUCUUGAAAUUAUUAGCGAGGAACUACGCAUUAAAGACAUUGAAUUUGUCGAGAAAGAAGUAGAACACCUGGCUAAACAGACUAGACGAGGUGGACAGAGUUUAGAGAUGAAGAAGUUAAAAGAAGAAGAAGCCACUGUUGCAAAGGUUUUACAAUUUCUGAAAGAUGGCAAAGAUAUUAGAAAGGGAGAUUGGUCCCCUAAAGAGGUCGAAGUCAUCAAUCCUUUGUUCCUUCUAACUGCGAAACCUGUUGUUUAUCUGAUCAAUUUGAGCGAGAAGGAUUAUAUUCGACAAAAGAACAAGUAUCUUCCGAAAGUUGCUGAGUGGAUUAAGAACAACUCGGAAGGGGAUCCAAUCAUUCCCCUGUCUGUGGCUUUCGAAGAACGAUUGACUCGUUUUGAAGACGAUGCCGCUGUCGAGGAAGAGUGCAAGAAGCUGGGUACCAAGUCCGCAUUGCCAAAGAUUAUUGUUACUAUGCGCCAAUCUCUUAAUCUUGGCAGCUUCUUUACUACUGGAGCUGAUGAAGUAAGGCAAUGGACAAUUCGAAAAGGAACAAAGGCACCGCAAGCCGCCGGUGUUAUUCAUACAGAUUUUGAAAAGACAUUUAUUCAGUGCAUCGUCUUUAACUACGAUGUCUUGAAAGAAUGUGGAGAUGAAGCAGCAGUCAAGGCUGCCGGGAAAGUUCUCACAAAAGGCAAGGACUAUGUUUUAGAGGAUGGGGAUAUCAUCCUAAUUAAAGCCGGAGCUGCGAAGGGUUAG